GUCUUGAAGCCUGUCAAAUCACAGUCUCUUUGUCCCCCGUGAGACAUCAACCUUUGGUCGUCCUCGAUGCUAUCACUAUGCGACAUCGAGCAUGAAGCCUAUCCGACGUUAUCACAGACACUCUGUGGCCGAGAGGCCGCCAGAUUGAUGCAUCAUGCCCUCCUCUACUCAAGACAAUCCUAGUCCCUCGGCCUCCUCCAUGUUUCUUCCCCUUGGAAGAAGAGGCCGGAGGGACUCCAGAUCUUCCUUGUCUAAUGAGUUAGAUCAAGACGCCCUCAACCAUGCCCUCAAUACCAUCCAUACCGCAGCCUCCCAGUCGAUCAAUCUGACGGUCUUCAACGAGUAUACAGAUCCUCCUGCGGCCGCCUCGUACCAAGAAAACAAGUCGUUGGCCGGCGAGAUACAAGGCGGGAUAUCAGGGCUCUACAACAAACUCAAGGCUAGUGUGGGCGUCGCGAAAGAGAUCGAAGAGCGCCAUGAAGAGCAUGGUGCAUUGGUCCUACCGGACGAUAUGGCCGCCUCUAAACCCAGCUCGGGGCUGACAUCCAAGGCGCAGUCGCCCAGGCUCCAUGCCUUCGACUCUCCCUUUCCCGUUGAGCAGGCUCCCUAUGCGUUCAAGAUGUCCUCUAAGGCGACAAGUGUAUCCAAGGUGUCUCUACCAUCGACUCCUUCGAUCAGAUCACCCACUGGCCAUCCCCAGCCUUCGGCCCACCUGGCCGAUCCUUCUGUCACGAGUGUCAAUAUCCAUGCUGUCGGUGCAGGAGGUCACUCAAGAAAUGGUUCAGGUUUCGAGCUCGAGUCGCCCAAAGCGGAUCGAAACCUGACAGCUCCUAUCGAUAGUGACAGUCUCCGGAGAGUUUUUUCCAAGCCUAAUACUGAGAAUACCGCAACGGAUCGGAGUAAUCGCCACGUUACCUCGCCUCGACUAUCAGCAUCACAAAGACCUAACUCUAAAUUGACUGUGUCGCAUGAGCGUGGGCUGUCGUCGGCGUCCACGCAGAGCCAUACGAGCCAUCCAGACGCAUUGGCCAAUUCUCAACAGUCCACACCCAUUGUAGAUGGGUCUGUUGCCAGAGUACCAUCGAGACAGGAGACUGCAUCAUCCCAGAAACACCACAGCAAUCCGUUAGACCUGCUUGCUGAAAAUGCCGUUCAUCCUGGCAAGAGCCACCCAGGGCCACAGGGGAAACAAGCUGAGACUCCGGUCCUUAAAUCGCCUCUUUCAAUCACUUCAGACUCCAGGCCCUCUGAAAGACUUGCGCCCCGAAUCAGCCAAUCCAAAUUACCAGGGUUCCGCGCUUCCCGGACGUCAUCGUCAGAUUCCACAGUUCUAACAGGGAUGUCACGUUCAAAUCGCGAUGACUCUCUAGGUACCGAGCUGGACGAUGGCCCACGCGCUUCUCAGGCACGGCCUGUCAACCGGUUGAGGAGUAAGCUUCUAAGCAAGGAGUUCUGGAUGCGAGAUGAGAACGCCAAGGAUUGCUUCCAUUGUGGUGAACCAUUCACGACGUUCCGUCGCAAACAUCAUUGCCGAACCUGCGGUCAAAUCUUCGAUAAUAAGUGCACCGUCGUUAUUAGCGGAAGCCACUUUGGCGCCAACAGUGCGGUUCGUGUUUGCAAACCCUGCGAAUCUAUUAUCACUUCUCACGACGACGAUUCUUCCGACUAUUCAGUCGAAGACCUAUCCCUCAUAGAUGCUGGUGUUCGUCCUCGUACGCCGGAACCUGAUUUUCUGAAUCGGCAUCUUGCACGCUCCGACGACGAUAAUGCCUCUCUGGCCUCCCAAUCCUUGGAGCAGAUGUCAAAAACUCCUACUAUGAGUUUCCCUUUGCGGCGGGCGUUUGAAGGUGCAAAUCGGAGUUCGGCUGUCCUUGAGUUCGACACCACGGAUCGUCCGUUGCCUCGCCCAAGCUCUUCCAGGUCGUUGAAACCAAGUCACUCUAUUGGUCAUGGCCACAAGCGACAUCAUUCUAAGCACCAGCAUAUCCGAAAUUUCAAAGCUUAUCACGAAGAUCGUGCUCCAUUUCAACGGCGCGCUGCCGAGGAAGUUUUGAAAGAGGGCAAGUCGUCUGCUUUCCACCGUGACAGCAUCAUCGAUCCCGAUCUUGCACAAUAUCUCUCUGAUGACCCAUCCAGUGAGGAUGAGCCCUCUAUCAAUGAGGCCAUAGGCGCAGAUAAGCUCUCAAGCAGCGGGCCCGGCAACGACAGAACUGCGAUCGGUGGUCUCCUCGCUGCUGUGCGAAAGGGCCGAUCCCGUAUUGGCGAUCGCAGCAUCGCGGGGUUGUUGAGUCUGGGAAAAGAUAAUGAUGAUGUUAGUGUGAUUAGCUCUCGCAAUGUCGAAUCUUUGAGAGGCUCUCGGAAACGAAAUCUAAGUGUCUCCAGUAGCAUUCACCAACGCACGCCUCGGACCACAAGAGAACGUUUGCAGAUAAUCAUUCCGACUCAGGAUGAAGUACAGGAUUCUGCGGCCGAGGGCUCCAGCAUCUACCGCGGACGGUCAAGGAUGAUCCGCAGUGCCUCUAUGCGUGGAGUGGCAGCUCCAGCAAUGGAACUCAACCGUGCCAGUAUACAACAUGUACACAAGCUCCUGCAGCAGCUUCUCAAAGAUGCUGAUGUCCCCAAGGUGUCGAGUUGGGAAGAUGCUCUUAUUCCAAUUCUACUCAAAGCUACCGAUGACGUUGAUCCCGAUGUACAAGGUGGUGAUGACAUAGACAUUCGCAACUAUGUGAAGCUCAAGAAAAUACCAGGUGGUAAACCAGGAGAUACAGCCUACAUUUCUGGCCUGGUCUUCACCAAGAAUGUGGCUCUGAAGAGCAUGGCUCGGUCCCAUUCAAACCCAAAAAUAUUGAUCAUCACUUUUGCUCUAGAAUAUGCUCGACACGAGCAGCAUUUCCUGAGUCUCGACCCUGUCAUCAGGCAGGAAAGAGAGUACCUGAAUAACCUCGUCGGCCGUAUUGCUGCACUAAAGCCUGAUGUUCUGUUGGCUCAGCGCAAUAUCUCCGGACUGGCACUAGAGCUUUUAGAGAAGGCUAAGAUUACAACGAUAUUCAACGUCAAAUCGUCUGUUCUCGAAGCUGUUUCGAGAUGCACGCGCGCUCGUGUCAUGCAUUCAAUGGAUAAGCUCACAUCGCAGGUGGAUCCCUUCGGCCGCUGCGAUUCUUUCGAGGUAAAGACGUUUGUGGCCGAAGGCCGGAAGAAAACAUACGUCUAUCUAUCCGGCUGCCCUCCAGCCCUUGGCUGCACGAUCGCGCUGAGGGGUGCAGAUCGACAAACACUUACCAAGAUUAAGCACGUCACGGAAUUCAUGGUGUAUGUCGUAUAUAAUUUGAAGCUAGAGACCUGCUUGAUGAGAGAUGAGUGGGCUCUAAUCCCGAGUGCGCCGACAGUGCAAGGAGCAGAUCCUGGACUUGGAUCGGCAAAUAUGACUUGUAAAGCACCUUCUGUGAGCAAUGAAGCUACUCAACCCACAAAGAUCAGAGAUGGAGGAACAGCCAAUGUUGAUGGUCUACCAAAGCCAGAAGCGGAAAUCUCCAGCACGGAUGUUAUCUCAUCUGAAAAAGACACCACUCCAGUAACGGCCACCAGAAUGGACACAGCGGACUCAGUCCACAUUCCGGAUGACAUUCCUGUGCCUACGUUUUAUGAAGACCUUGUACUGAAACAUGAAACCCGGAUCCUCUCAGCAUCCCCCUUCGUCAAGUUCUCUCAGCCUUAUCUGUUGAUGCGUGCCCGCGAAUUGGAGAGACGGGUGGUAUAUCUCAAGAGACUUCGAGACCAGGACUUAUCUGCUGAGCAAGCGAUGGAAGAUAAGGGCAAGUCUGCUAAGUUCACCUUACUUCAACCCGAGAUGGUCCAUAGACCCUUGGCAGGAGCGAGCAAGAAGGUUAGGGAAAUCAUUCAUGCUGUUCACGACGCUGAGUACGACAAAGCUCUCUACAAUUAUGAAACUCAGAAGAAGCAGUGGGAAACUUAUCUCUCGGGAAACCGCAAUCUCUUCGAUCCUUUCGCUCACCAGAACAUCGUGGUGCUGUUCAGCCUUGUCUCGACUGAAACCUCUGUGCCAUGCUCAGGGCCGGAUCUCUUGGCCUUCAGCUUCUACAACGAACACGAGACAGAAGCCGAGUUUGAAGCCGAUUGCACGCUUGGCCAAUAUGUUGAGGAUCUCUGUUAUCGUGCAAAUGAAGCCUGCCAAUCAGAGGCUUGCGAAAAGAAGAUGCACGAGCAUCACCGACAGUAUGUGCAUGGGGAGGCUCAAGUCACGGUUUUUGUACAACAAUAUCCCUCAAAAAUGCGUGGUUUCCAAGAUGUCAUACUCAUGUGGAGUCAGUGCAAGGUUUGUGGCGUCGAAACAACUGUCACUCCCAUGUCACCAAGUACCUGGAAAUACUCUUUUGGCAAAUACCUCGAGCUCUCCUUCUGGAGUGCAGACCUUCAUGCCCGAGCUGGGAUCUGUCCUCAUGACCUUCACCGAGACCACCUGAGGUACUUUGGCUACAAAGAUUUUGCCUUGCGCGUUCACUAUGAUCCUAUCGAUCUCCUGGAGAUUAUCGUUCCAAGGAUGAGAAUCACGUGGAAAGUUGACAACGAUCUGAUAUUUCGCAACGAAGUAUAUACUCGUUUGGAACAGCGAAUCACACGAUUCAUGGUAUCCGUGAAACUGCGCUUGAAGAACAUUAAUGUCGAUGCUGUGUUACCUGAAGCUGCAGAAGCUUGUCGAGCUGAAAUUGAGAAACUUACCAAGAGAGCCACCGAAGAGCAUGCCAGUUUGAUCAAGAAGCUUCAGGAAAGUUAUACCAAUUCAAGGUACUGGGAGACCAUUCCUUUGAAUAGCAUCGUGCGAGAGAGCCAAGAGAAGGUAUCAGAAUGGGACACUGUCUUUUCUGAUUUCGAGCGUGAUUUCUUCCCUUCAGAAAAAGAUAUUCGCAGACUCGCUACAUUGCAGCUCAAGAAAAUCUUCCUAGAUCGUGAUAUUUCGGUGACCUCACUUACGACCCAGGACGAGGGAGUGACGACGCCGCCCAUGGAAGAGAGAAUCGAUGAAAAGGAAGAAUUGGAAGAGCAACGGCCCAAUAUGCUCGAAUUACGCAGAGGUUCAAAACUAUCCCCCGAGAAGACGCAGAAUGUUCUCCAGUCUGUUCUCGAUGAGCAUUCUAACCACGCAUCGACGGAAGACGAGUCGUUGUUAUCGCCAGCAACCACGCAGACGGAUGUCCAGAAUCUUCCUUCCGUACUGGAUGGACCAAGAAACAUUGAAGAUGUCAAACACUUGGAUCUUGCAAUAGAUUUGCCAGGCCACCGAGAAACUAUGUCUGCCGCUGCUGCGGAGGAUUCUAUGACCAACGGGCAACCAGAAGUCUUUGUCUCCGAAAUCUCUCCUACCCCUUCUCGAAGCACUGACGCGCCUGGGACGCUGCUCACAAGUCCGAAAACACAAGCGGUUGAUAUGCCAGUGUUGACUGAAGACGGCACUCCAUCAUCGUCGGUACGGCGAACGGCUGAUGGUAAAGCCGCCUCGCCAAAGCUUUCUCGCGCACAUUCUCAGCCAGCCGGCGUCAUAACUCUACGUCAAACCGCGGGUCAGCCCCCUACGAGCACCCUGUCUGCGAUUAACGCUAUGAAUGGCUUUGGAUCUACUAAGAAUAGUCCUUCCUUGUCAGCAAUCAGCCCUGAUUCUAGUCUCUUAAUCCCCGACAAAAAGCUUUCUGAACGGUUAGGUCUCUCACAACUUAAGAAGAAUACUUUCUCCAAAGGACAUUCGCUUAUACCACGAGCUAUCAAGGAACGGAAAGAGUCACGCGUGUCAAACCUAGCCAAGCACUUCGAACAGCUCAGUCGUGAAUUCGAACGCGAGAGAAUUAGAGAGAGGAAGUUGAGGGCCGCCAGGAACAGACAGUCUAGGAUCUAUCCGUUGGCUGUUUCAAAGCCCAUCGUUGAGGUCUACAAAGAUGUUGACGAGGCAGUUGAAGAAAGGGGUGACUCUGACGACGUCUUUGGCAUGGAUGAGGCUCCGGACCAAGACCAAAAGUCUGCAAAUACUGCGCAGGGUAUGGCGCAAAUCGACGUUGCUCAACGGGAAGCGCGUCCCUUUUUACCAACAGCGCCUCCCGAUAGCAUGGAAAAUGAAGUCGAUGCACAAGUUUCGAGUCACGCGCCUUCUGAGAACGAAGAUCGAAGUGAUGCUGAAGAGGUUUCGGAAGAGAUAUACCUCCCAGAUUCACCUGAAGAUCUGUUACGCAUGUCCCAGGAAGACAUGGAUCUCAAAGAACUUCCCAAGCAUGAACGUACCUCACUCAUGAAGAUGCUGACCAAUUUCUGGGCUGAACGAUCUGCAAGUGGAUGGACUCCGCUUGAGUAUCCUCUUGGAGCGUCUGAUCAUAUCUUUGCCGAUUGCGAUAUCAUCGUUCGUGAAGACGAGCCAAGCUCCAUUAUUGCGUUCGCCCUUGACUCCCAAGACUACAAGACCAUGCUGCAGGAUCUUCAGAAUCGCCCUGUCCGCGACAGUGUUCAUUAUAUGGGUGGACAUGAUCAUUCAGACGCUCUACAAGCCGAUGUCAUGCACUCUUUGCUGCGGAAGACUGGUACUCACCUAAAGUACCAAUUUCAAGAAGGCCCGGCCAAGAUGCUCUGCAAGAUAUUCUUUGCCGAGCAAUUUGACGCUGUUCGCCGGAAAUGCGGCGUUGCCGAUAGAAUCAUCGAGUCACUCUCCAGAUGUGCCAAGUGGGAUUCGAAAGGUGGAAAGACCAAAUCACUUUUCCUCAAGACUUUAGACGAUCGAUUCGUGCUCAAGUCACUUUCACCUAUCGAGACGCAGUCCUUUCUCAAGUUCGCCCCAAACUAUUUCCAGAUCAUGUCCGAAGCGUUCUUCCACGAGUUGCCCUCUGUAAUCGCCAAAAUGCUCGGCUUCUACCAGAUCAUCAUCAAGAACCCGGUGACAGGUCUCGAAUACAAUUGGUUUUUGUUGGUGAUGGAGAAUUUGUUCUACGACCGUAUCCCAACACGCAUCUUUGAUCUAAAGGGCAGCAUGAGGAACCGCAAAAUCAAUGCAACUGGCGAGAAGAACGAGGUGCUCUUAGACGAGAACAUGGUUGAGUUCAUCUACGAAUCUCCUUUGUUCACACGUGAACAUAGCAAGAAGCUGCUCCGAAGCAGCGUGCACAACGACACGCUCUUCCUCGCCAGGCAAAAUGUCAUGGACUAUUCGUUGAUGGUUGCCAUUGACGAAGUGAGGAAAGAACUUGUGGUGGGGAUCAUCGAUUGCAUUCGCACAUACACCUGGGACAAGAAACUUGAGAGUUGGAUCAAGGACCGUGGUUUUGCACGUGGAGGGAAGAACAGGCCCACGGUAACAAGUCCCAAAGAGUACAAAAGAAGGUUUCGCGAGGCAAUGAACCGAUACGUGCUCGAGGCGCCGAAUUGUUGGCACCAGUUCAAACCAGUCAGGGUGGAGAGGAGGAUGCUACGCAUCGAGGGUGGUGCCGGUGACAAGGACGGAGACGUUGGUGAGAAUGAGAUUCAAAUUCUGUCAUAACCCAAAAAGGACGGCAGCAGCAUUUGUAUUGAUUUGUUAGAUCAAAUCAUGUGGGAUACGGCAAUGAGAGAGCGAAUAGUGGCAAGCUGAGAUAUAGCACGCUUUGUGUAUUUUCUUGUAUUAUGUUGCCUCCUCGCCGGAGCCAGCAGGUGGUGUUAGAUAUGAGGGAGCUCAUCAUGAGGUGUGUUUUUGGCAUAGCAUAGCGACAUGGCGUCGAUUUGGGUUCACCUAUCAGUACAUAGUUCCGAGGACAUGAGACAUAAAACGCAUAGCGUGAUUCGAUUUGAU